UGCGGAUUACGAGUUCUUUUCCUAUCUUGUGAAGCUUGUCCCCACGAAGAUCUAUGGUGGUGUGUUCAGUUUUGACCUUCCUUCAUUUCCUUUGCGAGUACAUAAUGGCUAACACGAAAGAACGUACCUUUAUCAUGAUUAAACCCGACGGAGUCCAACGUGGACUCGUCGGGAAAAUCAUUCAACGUUUCGAGGAAAAGGGCUUCAAAUUAGUUGCCCUUAACAUGGUUUGGCCUACCGAAGAACUAUUACAAAAGCAUUAUGCUGAUUUAUCCGCUAAACCAUUCUUCCCUGGUCUUGUUAAAUAUAUGAGCUCUGGACCAGUUGUACCUAUGGUAUGGGAAGGUUUAAAUGCUGUCAAAACUGGACGAGUAAUGCUCGGAGAAACAGAUCCUAAGAAUUCUGCACCGGGCACUAUUCGUGGCGACUUUUGUCUUCAGGUUGGUCGUAAUAUAAUUCAUGGUUCUGAUUCGGUUGAAUCUGCGGAAAAAGAAAUCAAAUUGUGGUUCGGAGAAAAGGAAAAAUCUAGCCUAACAGAUUGGGCAUCGUGGGCUGAAAAAUGGAUUUAUGAAUAAACAGCCAGAAGGUAACAUUUAUUACACACUGCCGUUAUUAAACAAGCAAACAAAUUGUGUCCUGCAAUUCCAUAAAGAAUCUUACAAGCCAGAACGAGAAAAAGGAGUCCUUCUUCUAUCAUUUAUACAAGUACUUUUGAUAGCACGAAAGAGACUCGUAAGGAAUAAUUAUCUGAUCUAUAAAUCAUGUGUUUAAUCAUUGUUAAUCAUUGUUAAUCAAUGGGUAAUAGAGGAAUUUGUAUUUUUAAAAAUACAAAUUUAGCCACGGAAAAUAAUUUUAUAUAUCGACAAUACUCUUUUUAUAUGUUUAUAUAUGUAUAAUAUGUAUAUACAUAUAUAAAUGUAUGUAUAUUUAUCGUAUCGAAAUAAUAAAGAAAAUAUACAAACAGAAAAAGAA